AUGGAUCCCAUGGCAGGCCGUCCCCGUGGUGGCGGCUUCCGUGGGCAGGUGCAGCCUCCUCUGAGGCUGCGCAUGGGUCGCAUUUUGCUGCGGAGGAAGAAGGUGUCGCAGCAGGAUUUCUCCAGUGUAUGGCAGCUGCUCGGUUUGGUCGAGGAUGAUGACUGGGCAACUUCUGCGGAGGAAGCGGCGAGCACCUCUUUUGUCUUCCUCUACGCUGUGGAUGUCACGGAUGUCGGUCUAGAAGGCCAGGUGCCACGAAAUGCUCCCAUAAGAGUCCUAGCAGUGCGGCCACCUGUCUCGCAGUGCCCCUCUCUAGUAGAGCAUCAGCGCAUAGCCAGCAAUCUGAGAGACUAUCUUCGCAGCCAGCUUGCCUCCUCUCCCCUCACGAGGCACUUCAUCUUUGUUUUCAACGAGAAGCACACGUGGAUAGGGCUUCGAAGCAAGAGCACGUCGAUACUGGGCCGAGGCCAAUACGUCGCUGUAAUCAACAUUUCAACCCAAGUUAAUGGAUUGACACCUCUAGAGGUGCGUCUUUUGGAGGAGCAGCAGAUGGCUGCGAGGCUAGUCACAGGCCCUUCAGGCAGAACAGUUGGUGGUUAUUCUGUUUCAAUGGCCACGCGUUUCUCCAGAAGUGUGGAUGCCUCUUCAUGGCGGCUGAUGACAGAGUGCCCCAAAUGUAUUGAAAUUUUGAUAUAUCCGACAGCAUGUUCCGAGAAUUCUUCUCGUAUGCUUUCCGCGUAG